GCAGCACAGUCUGAGCAUCCUAGCCUGCAGCGGGUCAGUAUGGGCUCGGGAUGUUGUGAUGCUCCUUAUCUAUAUAUCCAUGGUGCCUAUGCGAGGCCAGCAAUCGACUGUCAGUCUGACUUGAUUGCCUGUGGAUCCGCCGCACGGUUCAUAUUGACAAGUUUUCUGUCCCUUUUUGUCCUCUCGCCGGCCUCCCUUUCCCCUAUGUGUACUCUACAUGGCUUCGUCGUUGCAAUCGCAACUCUGACCAAUUGACGGAAGACAAGUCAACGAGUAUGUCAAGUGCCUUGCAAGCGGCAGAGGCUGGCUAUGACUAUGUCGAGGACAUCGACCCCAAUCUGACAUGUGCGAUCUGCCAGUCAGCUCUGGUGGAUCCAGUCACUACUGCAUCCUGCAAGCAUACGUUUUGUCGAGACUGCAUUCACAGAGCCAUAUCGGUCAACCCGCAAUGUCCAAUCGACCGGAGCGCAUUGACCACGCAGAGCCUUCGCGACACCGAGCAAUUGGUAAAACUCAUGUUGGACGAGUUGAAAGUGAGAUGCGGGUCAGAGGGUUGUGGACAGAUUAUGCAAAGAGGUCACCUGUUGGGUCAUGUCACCACUUGUCAGAAGGCUAUGAUCAAGUGUCAUGAAGGCGAAUGUGGACUCUCAAUGGCGCGCUUUCGUCUACCCCAUCACAGGGCCUACGACUGCUUUCAGCGACGUAUGGAAUGUGACAAAUGCGGUGUCAUUCUCACUUUCAAGGACAGAACUUCCCAUUCCCACCCAGGCACCGGAGAAGAUAAGGAUGUUUGCGAAGCGUGUGAUCAAACCUUCGGUACCAAUAAGAGCCUGCAUCAAUGGCAUUGUCCUCAGGCACGAGUGCCUUGUCCGCAUCAGAAGCGUGGUUGCGCUGCUCUGCCAGCUAGAGCUGAAUUGUCGACUCAUCUGAUCGCCUGUCCCUUUGAGCCUCUUGCAGCCUACUUUGACAUGUGUGAUGCUCGUAUGUCCCGUUUGGAGCAACGAAACGAAGAGCUAGUCCUUCAAAUGACUGGUCUGCAGUCAGAGCUCGACAACCUCCGUUUGAUGAUCCCAAGACAGACGAUCGGAGAUCGCUGGACAGCAGCGGGUCUGGGUGGGCUCAGUGGAGUUCGGAAUAUGCGAGCACCUACAAGCCCUCCUCAGCCUAGUACCAGCCCAGCCCGUACCCGAGCGGUAUCGCCUGUUCUGGAAUCCAUGGUCGCCCCUGCAGUGCCACCUGUACUCGGCCCUCCAAUUGACAUCACGGCUUCAUCGGACAGAUCGCCACAAAUUCAACCUCUGGAGGCAGCAUCCUAUCCUAUGGGGGAUGCAACGAACGCAACCUCCCCUUCGAGCUCCCCGCUUGAAUCCUUGCCCCUACCUCCGCUUAUCAAUAACAUCACCAAUCGAGCAGCUGCAGAUAUGUCGGCGGUACCCAGUCUCCCUCAGAUGUUCCAACCACACACGGAUGCAAGCUCCUUCGCCGAUUUUGCGUUUCAUCAUCUAGGUACGGACAGCUCCACCGAGGAGAUGAUCGCGGCUCUCAGGAGAGUAGCUGUGCAUCUGGCGGCAGGCAUAGAUCAGAUGGAAAGACGGCGGGAAUUACGCACUAUGACCGAGAACUUGAGAAUCCUGGACGAGGUCGGCAGUCUGAGGGCAAUCGUCAACACCAUGAGGAUGCAGGUCAUGAACCGUCCCACGAGUGCCACGCCCGCGACCGGCCGUGUGGCAGAUUCAAACGGAGCUGAAGAUUACCGUACUCUUGAUUACGCUCAAGAUGCCCGUACUCUUGACUACGCUCAAGAUGCCCGUACUCUUGAUUACGCUGAAGAUGCCCGUACUCUUGAUGACGCCGAGCUGCCUACUCCCGAACAAGCCACAAGGCCGUUCGCCCCCCAUGCCCAUGCCUCUGUCCGAGGGCUUCAUCGAUCGAUGAUUCUCGCUCAUCGAAGUAUGCAGCCAGAUCAUCGCGAGGUUCCCGAGCGGACCAGUCUGGAUGUUGAGGAGUGGCGGCAGGGAGUGCGUGAGAGUGUGGCGUUUUCGAGGAUGGACACGCACGGUAGUGAUAUUUAUGGUGAUCGAGCGGAGAGCGUCACUUCGAGCCGUGUGACCGUAGGCAACGAUAGACUCAGAGGGAGACCGAUGGCAAUACCUCCACCAGCAAGGAACACGGAGCCGAGCAGUCUGGGCAGACCAUAUAAUCGGAUCAACCCUCUGCACUUGCUCACUCGUCGAGUACGCCAUCCUUCUACGUCCCAUCGGCCAUCAUAAUGGCGGACAUACCGUACAGUAUUCGGAACAGAUAUUGAGAUGAAACGAUUUUGCUCGGGAGCGAUACCGCACAACAUCCACGAAUUGCCACGAUCUCGAUCUUGCAUGUAACGCACAUAUUGGCUCUCCCUGUCAGACCCAGGAUAUUGUCCUGACAGAUCUGCGCAGUCCAUACAUGCCGCUAUAAGCAUGUCAUACGAUCAAGAAGCUAACAGUAAAAUGCGACGCAGACAUCUGCUAUGAACAGCUGUGUCAGUAGCUGACUGA